AUGGCGGCACGGGUGCUCAUCUUCAUGGCCGCAGCGGUGCUGGCGCAACAACAGUGUUACUAUGGUCCUGGCGCCCAAAAUCGUGGUUCUUCAGAUCUAGUGCCUUGCAAUAGCACCGGAUCAUCAGCGUGCUGUCUUCGAGGCGAUACAUGUCUUUCUGGAAACGCAUGCUACAACUUCGAGACCGGAAAUGUCUAUCAAUAUGGAUGCACCGAUAUUGACUAUAAAGACGAGACCUGCCCAUACAAAUGCGGCUUCGAUCCUGCGAAAUCGCCGUGGGMAGCAAUGGAAUACUGCAAUGAUGUGCAGGAUCUCUCGAAUACAUGGAUCUGCCAUGGACCAGAAAGCUGCGGCUGUGAGUGGAAUUCGACCCAGUCGCUUCUAGUCCUUGCGCCGAGAGGAUGCAAGGACAUGGGCAGCGAUGCACUGGUCGCGAUAUACGCCCCAAAGCAGCUGGCGCCGUACGUUAGUCUGCCUUCAUCGGUAGGAGGAAGUACCGGAUACUAUUCACCAACUGUAACAAGUGGGACCAGCACGUGGAUCGAAACCGCUGUUCCUGGGUACACGCCUGCUCACUUCACGCAACUGACCACAUACCGCGAUCCGCCCACCUCUUCUGUCUGGAUCGAUAAACAAGCCAAGCCAGGCCCAUCAACGUAUGCAUCUGCGGCAAGCUACACAGCCAGUAAAUCGACAGCGACCACUACAAGCCCCUCGCUGGCAAGCGAUACCGUUAAACACUCACAUGGCCUAUCCACAGGAGCAAAAGCAGGCAUCGGCGCGGGCGUUGGGGGCGGUGUGCUCUUCCUCGCAGCUGUAGCAAUUGCAGUCUGGCUGCUGCGUAAGCGCACGGGRGAACCCAAUGCCGCCGCCAUUAAAAAUCAUCCACCUCUGCCACAAUAUCCGCAGGGUACAUAUAUGCAGCACGCAGCGGGAUACCCGCCCGCGGUGGGCAUGCCGUGGACGCCCUAUCCACAGAACGGGACCAUGGAUCAGUAUCAUGAUGCAGGUUAUCGAUCGCACGACCAGUCUCCUUCAGAGCACGAGGAGCGGAGACUGGGAUCAUUCCUGAACGAAAACAAGAGCUCUUCGCACCACAGAGUACCUUCAGCUCCGGAGGAGGUGUUGAGACCGCUAGAGCUCGAGGGAGAGACUCCAAGGACUGUUCAUGAGAUUGGAGAGGGCAAUGGAGGCGUUGCGAAAUAA